GAACACAACAACAGUGGACACUUAGUGAUUAUCAUUAUUACCUUAAAAUUAAUAUUUGGUCGGGACCGAGUUAUAUUUAAUAAUCAUAGUGUAUUUUCUGGACGAGUGAUUUACCAUAUAAAUAAUACAAAAAUAUUAAAAACAUAGUUCGUCUUAAGCGGAUCUUAACUACAAAAAGACCUCCCAAAAGUGGAUGGACGUACGUUUAAUAACUAAGUGGGUUCGCAAUUAUCAACGCUUUCGACGUGAUACGAACUUUACGCGAACCAUGGAUGCUUUAGCGCUCACAUGAGUUGAAGACUUAAUAAAUGGACUUCAAAUCGCCAACAACUACUUCCCUCCCUUUCAAAUAAAGGUAUUGACAUGGGCGACUAUUCUUAAAGUGGGGACCGAGAGCUCUUCUGGAGGGGGAAACGACGACCAAUAACGCUCCGACUUAUGAUGUCAUCGGAGGAGGAGACAGAGUUCGGUUUGUACGCAGAUAAACUCCUGAAGAAAACUAAAAGAACCAGACAGCGUGUGGACGCCGGAGAACCGCGCAACAGCUACUCCUCGAUACCAAACUUUAGUUCGAGACCGACGUUUCUCGGGAGCGGCAGCAACAUUUACGGCGCGAUUUUUACGCAACAGCAACAGUUCGGUUUAUUCGGGCCGGGGUUCGCGCCGGCUAAGAUGUUAAACGAGCUCCUGGGGAGGCAAAAAUCGGAUGCGAACGGAGGUAACGUGCAAAGUGAGGGCGAAGACGGGAAAUUUGAUUCGGUGAUCAGGUGUGACGGGAGCCCGCCCUCGAACGAACAACUAGCCCAUCACAUGCUAAGGGAUAUUCUUCAGGGACGUAAACACGAUCUGAUGGCACUGGACCACGAGCUCAGGAACGGCCAGGAUCAUAUUAUCAACAAUAACAACAACGAUCUUAAAGCGGAGCCCGCGGACCGAGGGGAAGUAGAGUCCUCAAAAGAAGCCGAGUCGGUAGAGCGACAAGAGAUGAUGGAAGAAGCACUAAACGGUAUGGAGACCGAAUCGCUUCCAUCGCCGAAAGUAGAACCAGCCAGUCCGGCUAAACCGGAAGACGCAAAAAAGGCGCGUGUCGAAAACAUCGUAUCAGGGAUGCGCUCGAGUCCAGCACCACUACAAGUGAACGGGUGCAAAAAACGUAAGCUUUACCAACCGCAACAACACGACAGCACAGCAGAAAGGUACAUCGACGACGAAGAGGACGAAUCAGAACCGAUUAGACAGAAACGCGUAGAAAAAAACGCUUUAAAAUCACAAUUAAGGACAAUGCAAGAACAACUAGCGGAAAUGCAACAAAAAUAUGUGCAAUUGUGUACACGAAUGGAACAAAAUUCCGAGGAAAGCCAAGAAGUCGAAGAAAUCCCCAGUGAUAGUGAACAAAGUAAACGAUCGGCGCCACCAUCUCCGGUUACCACCUCGGUGACGCCCAUUCCUCAACCACCUCCCUCAUUAACGCAACAGGUGAGCAAAAUGAAGAUAAGCCCACCGACGCCUCAUUACCAUAACGGACUAUUACACGAACACCCACACAUGAGCAACGCGGCUGCUAUGUACCUAGGGGUAAGUCACAAAUUGUUAAUGGAACAAGAAGCGCGCAUGGCUAAAGAAGUCGCUGCGGCAACCGCGUCCAGCAACGAAUCUCAACAUAGCAAUCCUCCACCACAUCAUAAUCAUCACCAUCAUCAUAAAGAAAACGCGUUCGCCGAACGUUUAAGCAUGAUGAGAAAUGUAACACCCACCGGAACGGACUUAGAGGGAUUAGCGGACGCCCUCAAAACAGAAAUAACCUCUUCGUUAUCUAACCUCAUCGAUACAAUAGUAACAAGAUUUUUACAUCAAAGGAGGUGUAAACAAUCGGACGCUGCUGCGUCGGCGGAACAGUUAAAUAAAGACCUCUUAAUGGCCUCGCAAUUACUAGAUAGGAAGUCACCAAGAACCAAAGUAUCGGAAAGACCGCAAGCGCCACCACCGACGUCAAGCAGUCAAAUGGUAAACGGAAACCACCCGCCGAUGAUGCCAGUCCAUAGCAUGGGUAUGCAAAAACCGUCUGAUAUGCACAUACGACCUCCAAUGUUUCAACCACCUAAACCACCAGGUAUCAGUCAAGCCGCCCUUUACGGUAUGAAUCAUCCGUUUUGUGUUGCGAAACAACCGGAAAACCCCGAACAAAAUGAAGCGUUAAGUUUGGUCGUAACACCAAAGAAAAAACGACACAAGGUGACCGAUACCAGAAUAACACCACGAACGGUUAGUAGGAUUUUGGGACAAGAUGGUAUCGGAAUGUCACCGGCUCCGAUGGAACAAUCUUGUGCGUCACCUAGGCCGCCACCUUAUCAUCAACCGCCACCAAUGUUGCCCGUAUCUUUACCUACAUCUGUGGCAAUUCCAAACCCAGGACUUCAUGAAUCUCAGGUCUUUUCACCGUACAGCCCAUUUUUCCACGGACCAAGUCACGGACAUCACAUGGCCAUGCCGGCGUCAGCAUCACCACCAAGGAUGCACAAAAUGGAACGAGAAUCACCGCCAAUUCACCAUCCCCCAACGCUUCUUCAUCCUGCUUUAUUAGCAGCUGCUCAACACGGUGGUUCCCCAGAUUACGGUCACAUGAGGGCGCCUUCAGGAGGAAUGAAUAUGGAUAACGGCGAUAGGAACAGCGAUUGCAAUUCAGGAGACAUCUCGUACGACGGGAUGCAGCCUACAAUAUCCUUUUUAUACAAAAUAAUGCCCGAACACUCGUCAACAUUGACACCAAUGCACCUCAGAAAAGCGAAGUUGAUGUUCUUCUGGGUUAGAUAUCCCAGUUCGGCCGUGCUGAAGAUGUACUUCCCGGACAUCAAGUUCAAUAAAAACAACACUGCCCAGUUGGUCAAAUGGUUCUCCAACUUCAGGGAAUUCUAUUACAUUCAAAUGGAGAAAUAUGCAAGGCAGGCUGUUUCUGAAGGUGUUAAAAGUGCAGACGAUCUUCACGUGGGUGGCGAUUCAGAACUUUACCGAGUCCUUAAUCUUCACUACAACAGAAAUAAUCACAUCGAGGUAUGCGGCCCACAGGUACCAUCGAACUUUAGGUUCGUGGUAGAACAAACGUUACGGGAAUUCUUCAAAGCGAUCCAAGAGGGUAGAGACGCGGAACAGUCGUGGAAAAAGUCUAUCUAUAAGAUAAUUUCCAGGCUGGAUGAUCCGGUACCGGAGUACUUUAAGUCUCCAAACUUUUUGGAACAAUUGGAGUGACCUGUUACGAAGAGUGGCAACGCGCUACCGAAUGCCUAUUACCAUCACCACAAUCCCCAUCAACAACAAUCCCAUCAACAACAUCCACAUCAACAACCACCACAUCCGCAACAACCACAUCAACACCAACAGCAACAACAACAACACCAGCAAAAUCAUCGUAUGUGGUAGGAACUGAUGCAGGGACUCGGUAGCUGAACCGCACAAAAAAAAAUCUUAAAACGUUCAAUCCCAUGAAAUAAAACAAAAAAAAAUAAUGUUGAAGAAUCGGUGACGUUAUGCGAAAGAAAAAAAUUACAAAAAAAAAAUACAAACUGUCAACGUUUUGUUCCUUUGUUCCUGACGAUAUAUAUCUCUAUCUAUAUAUAUUAUAUAUAUAUGAACUCAAAAAAUUAACAAAAAAAUUUUGUAGAACGGUUUUGAAAAUUUCUUAAAAGAUUUGUUGAUUUGAAACCGUUCUAGAUUCAUAAUUAAAAAAAUCUAAUAAUAAUUGUGUUAGGUUGACAGUUAUAUUUAAAGAAAAAAUAUAGUAAUAAGAGACAAUUAUAGCCUCAGGCAAAAAGAUAACAAAGUUCGCAAGAACAGUGAAUUAGAAAACAAAACAGAAUAGAUGUUUAUCGGGCGUCAAUAUAUGGUUAUGUUCAAUUUACAAACAUACAGUAACCAGCAGUAAACAAGUUAACAAUCUGCACAAUUUCGCAUUUUAAAGUACGAUUUUUGGCAUUGUUUUCAAGUUUUUCAAUUUUAUAAUAAUGCCUCUGUAAACUGUAAACAUGUAUAUAGACUUGUAUAUAGAAUAUUUAUCACUUAUUAUUUAUGAUUUUAACUAAUCGUAUAAAUAUGUUCUAUAUGACCAAAGUUAUUAUUAUUAUUAUUAUUAUUGUCUUUUCCUAGUCUAACAUAUAAAUGCAUCCUUUGCACUAACUCUUGGACGAAUUUAAAUUAAAAAUUCCUCCAGAGAGUUAGUGUACGUGAUUUUAUUUGUUAUUAUUUUAUUUCUUAUAAAAGAAUUUAUAAGAUUUAAGAUAAUUUUUAAUUUUUAUGUUCAUAUUAAGUAGGUAUGCCCUUUUAUGUUUAGUUUUUAAUUUCGCACAACAUUUUGUAAUUUCUUAAUUUAAUUUCUUGUUGUUGUUUAAUUUUUAUUUUCCUUUUUGAUUGUAAUAGGCUAGUUGCUAUUAACUUGUGGAAUAAGUUGUUGGCAUGCCUGCAUAAUAUUUACUUUUAAUUAUUUUUGCAUUUAAUUAUUAUUUUAAAAUCACUUUUUAGCACUAUUAUAAUUAUAAAAAUAGAUACACGAUCUCUUGAAGAUUCACGUAUGAGGCAACUAGUCAAUAAUAAAAUAUUAUUUUCGUCCCAUA